GCAGGGUCGGAGGUUAGGGGAGAGCUUCCUGGGGCAAGCUGUGCCCGCCCCACCCCCGACAGCCACCGUCCAGCAGCCGGAGUGAGCGCCCACCGUGUCUCAGCCCGGUGCCUGCCCUCACGGAGCUCCCCGUCUACCUGGGGAUGCUCCUUACACGCUAAGCACGAGCUCAGAGAGUGGCUUGGGGCUGCAAGAAAAUACGGCAUGGCAGUGUUGUGAUGGGGAAGGGAAGACAGACAGCCAGGCCGAGGAGGUGGCGACACGAGAGGGUUUAGAAGAGAGACUCCCGCAGCCUCUGCCAGCGUCCCACGCCCAGCCGGCUACGGGGCCGGCAGGGUUAAGCCGCGGGCCGGCAGGGAAGUAGUCCCGGCCGGACGCCCAGCCCCGCCCCGCCGGCGGAGGGACGCAUCACGCAGGGGUGGGGAAGUCGGAUCCGUGCGCAGGGUUGCUAAGGGUGAAACUUUUCAUUGACUUUGCUCACUUCUGGCCGGGGCGCGGGAGGGUGCGGGUCGUGCGCAGAGAAAAGCUAGUGGCUCGGGCGACGCGGGGCCAGGAGGGCCAGGUCGUCCGCCAACUACAGCAGUCCGUCCUCCGCCCCGCGACGSGAGCCACCCUCUGGGCSGCCAUCCUAGUGUUGUYGCCGCGGGCCGGCCUGCCCGCGGUCCGUCCGCCCCUGCCGSCGAGUCCGACCUCCAAAAAAGCUGAAAGAAUUAUAUUAGGAGUUAUAGCCCGUAACCUCCUCCUUGCUCCCAGCCCUCAACGACGAAAAGGACACAUCGGCCCCCGGCCUCGCAGCGCCGGAGAAAGCAGGGAAAGCGACCUCUGCCCCGGGCCCAGGACCACCCUGGCAGGAGAAGACACCUGGCGACCGGCAGCCCAUCCCGCCGCCGCGGAGACCCGACAUCUCCAAACACUUGAUAAAUCUGAUCCAGUGCYGAGAACAGGUGGUCAGACAGUCCCUGGGAAACAGAGUGAUGAUGGGUCCCCAGCUGGAGACUACAGGAACCAUCUGGAGCCCAAGUCUGCCCAUCUUACAUCUGCAACCACUUCCCUUGGCCUGUGCACGUGCCCUGCACUGAUUCUCUGCCUAGGAAAGGACCAUGCAGUUAGAGAUUAAAGUGGCCCUGAACUUCAUCAUCUCCUAUUUAUACAACAAGCUGCCCCGGCGCCGGGCAGACCUGUUUGGAGAGGAGCUCGAGCGACUUUUGAAAAAGAAAUAUGAAGGCCACUGGUACCCUGAUAAGCCACUCAAGGGCUCUGGCUUCCGCUGCGUCCACAUUGGGGAGAUGGUGGACCCUGUGGUAGAGCUGGCUGCCAAGCGGAGCGGGCUGGCAGUGGAGGAUGUGCGGGCCAACGUGCCUGAGGAACUGAGUGUCUGGAUUGACCCUUUUGAAGUGUCCUACCAGAUUGGUGAGAAGGGGGCUGUAAAAGUGCUGUACCUGGAUGACAGUGAGGGCAGUGGUGCCCCAGAGCUGGACAAGGAGAUCAAGAGCAGCUUCAACCCUGAUGCUCAGGUAUUUGUGCCCAUUGGCAGCCAGGACAGCUCUCUGUCCAAUUCCCCCUCGCCGUCCUUCRRCCARUCACCCAGCCCYACYUUCAUCCCUCGCUCUGCCCAGCCCAUCACUUUCACCAYYGCCUCUUUCGCUGCCACCAAAUUUGGCUCUACCAAGAUGAAGAAGGGUGGUGGGGCAUCUAGUGGUGGGGGCGUGGCCAGCAGUGGGGCAAGUGGCCAGCAGCCACCACAGCAGCAGCCUCGCAUGGUCCGCUCACCCACCAACAACCUGCUGAAGCACAAGAGCCUCUCUUUGUCUAUGCAUUCACUGAACUUCAUCACAGCCACCUCGGCCCCUCAGUCCCAGCUCUCACCCAAUGCCAAGGAGUUCGUGUACAAUGGUGGUGGCUCGCCCAGCCUCUUUUUUGAUGCGGCUGAUGGCCAGGGCAGUGGCACCUCAGCACCCUUUGCGGGUGGUGGGGCCAGCACCUGUAACAGCAGCAGCUUCGAUAUGGCCCAGGUAUUUGGAGGUGGCACCAACAGCCUUUUCCUGGAGAAGACACCCUUUGUGGAAGGCCUGAGCUACAACCUGAACACCAUGCAAUACCCCAGCCAGCCGUUCCAGCCUGUUGUGUUGGCCAACUGACCACUCCUCCACCCAGAGGGCCAAGAGCACCCACGACCACAGAUAAGAAAAAGGAAAGGAGAGGAAAGGCCAAAAAAAAGAGGAAAAGAAAA